AUGGCCCAGAUCCCCCCCAAAAAAUUUUCUAACCCGAACGAUGCCCAUAUCCAAUCGAACCCGAACGCGUUCCCAGACACAAUUCGAACUCGAACCGAUGACGUCAGACCCAAUCCGAACCCGAACGAUGCCCAGACCCAAUUCGACCCGAACCGAUGCCCAGCCCAAUUCGAACCCGAAACCGUAUGCCCAGACCCAAGUCGAACCCUAACCGAUGCUCGACCAAUUCGAACCCGAACCGAUGCCCAGACCCAAUUUGAACCCGAACCGAUGCUCAGAGACCAAUCGAACCCGAUCCGAUGCCCGACCCAAUUCAACCCACCGAUGCCCAUACCCAACUUCGAACCCGAACCGAUGUGCCCAAACCCAAUUGCGACCCGAGCCGAUGCCCAGACCCAAUUCGAAAACCCGAGCCGAUCCCAGAACCCAAUUCGAACCCGAACCGAUGCCCAAACUCAAUUCGAACCCAAACCGAUGCCCAGACCAAUUCGAACCCGGAGCCGAUGCCCAGCCAAUUCGAACCCUAACCGAUGCCAAGACCCAAUUCGAACUCGAACGCGAUUACAGACCCAUCGUAACCCGAAACCGAUGCCCAGGACCCAAUUCGACCCCGACCCGAUUGCCCAGACCCAAUUCUAA